UUCUGUGUCACAUGCCUGAAGAACGUUUCUUCUACAACGUGACCUCCAAGAGCUGCCAGUUCUUCAUCGACUAUGGAUGCUCCGGGAGCCUGAACAGCUACCACUCCGCUAAGGAAUGCGAGGAAGCUUGCAAAAAGGCCGACAUCUGCCUCCUGCCUCCCGAUUGUGUGCCUUGCAAAGACAAAACACAACACUGGUUUUACGACCCGAAGAACAAAAGGUGCAAGAAAUUGGCUUCCGGGAGGUGCGGGGGGAACGCCAACAACUUCAAAACACGUGCAGAGUGCCAGCUGAGGUGCCACAAGAGAG